AUGCCAAAUUGUUUUGGCUCCUCAGAUGUAUCUGCAGUUAGCGGUAGUGACUUCUACGAGGCCGUGGUAAUGCCAAAACAAUCGGGUGACCCCUUGACACUCUGUCUGACACAGAGACAGCCGCAUUCAAAGUCCAACCUCCUUCCCCAAUAUGACUCUGACCACCAAGUGCCUCUUGCUAAAGGUCAGGCUUCUAUGCCUCACACAAAUCCCUCGUCAAUCUGGUCGAUUGCUGAGACUGAUAAGGAAACCCCCUCGGGCCAGGCUCCGUCAAAUCGAUUUAAUGUGGCCGCCCAAUUCCUGAAUCACGGCAGUCGGUCGAGUAAUAUUGGCUCAACAAGUAGCUGUGAACGACAGGUGAUCAGUACAAGUCUUGGAGAGAUUCCGGGUUGCAAACCGCCAAUUCCUCCCUCAAAUGGAGGCAGUCUGAGUGGAAGUAAGCUCUCCUGCGGUUCCCUGAAUUCCGGCAACUCCUCUCUCCCCGUGUCUGGUAAUACGCCCAACUCAACUCCCAACCGAGUUGGUCCCGGCAACUACGAGAAUCACGCCACUACAAAUCCAGCCUACAUGAUGGGUCCAGUCGGCUCUUCCAGUAUGUUCCUUCCCACGCCUCAUGGAUACUUCCCAUCGCCAACCCCACCCUACGAAUUCUAUGAUAGAUACUUUAAGGAUGGCUUACCACAUCCUCACAAUCCCCACCUUCAGAUGCCCCCACCUCCGAUUCCUUGUACACCUGGCCUGGUACCAAACUUCCGGUACCCUCCUCCUCUACGACCUCAAACUUGGAUGUGCUCCGGAAAGGUGCCGCUCGACCCCACAGACGAUAGAAGAAAAGUGAGUUGUGGUGGAUUCGUGAGAGAAUUCCAAGACGACGGUUGUAGCUUGUUGUUCAUUUAA